AUGACAGUUGCAUUGCACUUUAGAAACCCAAGACAUGUUCACAGCUUUGCCCGGAGGAGCUUUUCGUUGUGGUCAAUGAAGAAGGACCCAUCUCUUGAAUCGGCAUUGUCUAGGAACCGCCGCUGGAUGGUGAACAAUCAAAUUAAGAACAUCAUUCUUAGGUGCCCCGGUCAGGUGGCAAAAGUUAGGUUCAUUCAGAGCAAGUUCAAGAGUCUUGAUCUUCAAGGGAAGGCUCUCAAUUGGCUUAAAAAAUAUCCUUGCUGGUUUGAGGUCUAUCUGCGCGGCGAUGAGUACCACUGCCAGCUCAGGAAACGGAUGAUGGCUUUGGUGGAAGAGGAGGAGUCUGUUAAAGAUAUGCAGGAGCCAGUGUUUGUGGAGAGAUUGGCAAAGCUACUGAUGACGAGCGGCAAUCAGAGGCUCAGUGUUGUCAAGAUUACUGAACUGAAGCGGAAUUUUGGUUUUCCGGAUGACUAUUUUCUUAGGCUUGUUCCAAAGUAUCCUGACAUGUUUCGGAUUGUAAAUUAUAGUGGCAGAAGGAGUUCCAUGGAUGUUGAGCUGGUGGCUUGGAUCAAAAAGACAUACAAAACCCCAUUGGAUAUAUAUCAAAAAAAGACAUACAAAACCCUAAUUCCCAAAGCCCUAAACUCCUUAUCACUUUGA